AUGGAAGAUGGUAGAGGGGAAAGGGAGAGACUAACACUUGUAGCAAGAAAGCCCUGCUUUGGGCUGCCCACCGCUUGCCCGAGAUGUUUGCCCGUUUACAUUUAUCUUAUAUUCUCCAAGAGCCCAUUUGAUUUGGAGUUCAAUGGCGUUCACCCUGAUUCUGAUCAAAUACCCUUUGUUGAAUCUGGCGAUUAUGUGGCCUAUGAUAACGAGAAAGGUGGAGUCAUUCAGAAAUUGAAGGAAGAUGGCAUUCUUGAUUUGGACCGUGGGGCCAAUGGAAUACCCGAAUGGAUAUCUGUAAAGGCGAUGAUUGAUUCGUGGCUUGCAGAUGCAGCCAUGUAUGAGCUCUGGUUGGGGUCUGACGGUAAGUCAGCCCAUAAGAUUUAUUAUUCUGACCUCCCUUGGCCGAUUGGGAAAAUUUUGUACCAUAAGCAAGUUCGUGUUGUGAAACAAUUGCUUAGGAUCACAUCAGAAAAUGCUGAAAGAAGAGAAGAAGAGAUAUACAGCAGAGCAGUUCAGGCUUAUGGUGCAUUAUCAUCUUUGUUGGGAGAACAAUCGUUUUUCUUUGAAAGCAGGCCUACGAGUUUUGAUGCAGCUCUUCUUGGGCAUGCUCUGUUUACACUUCAUGCUUUACCUGAAACAUCAGUUCUAAGAAGCAAGCUCUUGGGCCAUGGUAAUCUCGCUAGGUAUGCCGAGAAUUUCAAAACAGAGUAUUUCGAUGCAAGCUCAUCAUAUUCGUCAGCUCCCGAGACAGAUGCCGCGUCAUCUACUUCAAGGCCGGCCCCUUCAUAA